CUGGGACUGUGCUCCAAGCCCCUGUUGCUGCUACACGUCGGUGUAGUCCCCUGCAGCAGUAGCAGUAGAGACAGUAGCAGCCCACUCCUCCUGUCCCAGCUGUACGCUACCAACAUGAAGACUUUCAUUCUAGCUGCUUUGGUCUUCUGUAUUUUCCUCCUGGCACAGGUGCAUGGAAAAACUGUUGAAAAUCGUCAGGAGGUAAAUGAUCAAGACCUGCUGACUCAGAGAAGAAGAAACACUGGUACUGACAAACAUGGCGGGAAAAGUGUUGGUCACGGCAGAAUUGAUGAAGUAAGAACAGGUCACCGAGACCAGAAUGGAGGAAAAUCAGUUCCUUCCAAGAUAAAAAAAGCUGACACUGUUAAGAAAUCGUUAAAACAUCGAACUAAAAAACAGGAAACGAGUUUUCGUACCCAGAAUGGACAAAAGCGUCAUGAUGGGCAGAAGAGGAAAAGUUCUAUCAAAAGGAAAGGAGAAAAACGUCGAGGGAGCAAGAAAGGCAUAAAGAAUAGUGUAGAUCAACCCAGCAGGAGUAAGAAAACAACUAGUCGCACCAAGAGCGGAAAGAAUAAUCGCGGAGGCAAGAAUAAGGAUAAACUCCAACGUGGCAAACAUCGGCGGCAGAAGAAGAAAGAUGGUCGCGUCAAGAAUGGCAAAAAGGUUUUCACUGUCAAGGAGGCUGCUAAGGGACGCGACAAGUCUAAUAAAGAAGUUCCCACUGCCAAAAAGAUCGUUAAGGGACGUAAAGUCACUUCAGAGAAAAAACAAAAGAAGAAAUCAAGAAAAAAUUUAAAAAAGUCAAAACCCAAAAACCGUAAGACAGGCGGCCGUAAACAAAAAAAAAAUAAAAAGACAAUGAAAACAAACUCAAAAAAAACAAAACCCACCAAAAAUCAAAGAAGGAAGCCAGCGUCAAAUAAACAAAAGAAGGUGAUGAAUGGGAAAAGAGCAAAGAAAGUUAAAGGCAUAAAAGUAAAGGGGGAUAAAUACAAAAAGAAGCAAAACAAAACUAAUAAGAUCCAAAUGAAACAUAACAAAAAAACAAAGAAAAACCGUAAAAAAAACAGUAAGGACAAACGCAAGAAACACAAAAAUACCAAGAAGAAUAAACCCAAAGUUAAAAGCAGCAAGAACUCUAAUAAAAACAAUAAAAAGCCCAAGAAAAGUAAAGCCAAGGCGGGUAAGAAAGGUGACGAGCCGGCAGUAAAGGAGGAAGGGAAGCAGUCUGACGGGAGGAAAGGUUAUCCAGCUUCAGGUGAGAGUCAUGGUGGCGAUAUUGACUCUAAAAUAAAGUGCAAACCUCAUAAAAAGUGUACUCAAGCCGGCGGGAAGUGCCAGAAGAAAAAGACCUGCAACACCAAAGUUGCCGGUGUCAAGUGCAAGGGGAAGUCGUGCGAGUGUUGCCUCUCAUCUUGUGCAAUGAGCCCAAAAAAGAAGUGUACGAUAUACAAGGGCGUGUGCAAGAAGAAGUGUGGGUCGACUGAGCGCCAGAUAGCCAAGGGAUGCUCCAAGAAGAAGUGCGUCUGCUGUGCCAAGGCUUGCAAGCCAUUGAGCGCCUGCAAUGUUCUCGGUGGCUACUGUGUCUCCAGUAAGAAGCUCUGUACAGGAUUGAUAAACAAAAAGGGCUGCAAGGGAAACAAAUGUCUCUGCUGUUAUCCAGCUUCGACAACGACCCAAGUGUCAAAUGCAACAACCUCAGGAUCAAAUACAACAACUAUUGCAGCAAACACAACUACUGCAACAAACGCUACAACAACUUCAGCCAACGUGACAACUUUGACAACCAAUGUGACAACUUUGACAACCAAUGUGACAACCACGGCAGUCAACGCAACAACUGCAGCCAACACGACGACUACAGCAGCCAACGCGACAACUACUACAGCCAACACGACAACUACUGCAGCCAACACGACAACUACUGCAGCCAACACGACAACUACUGCAGCCAACACGACAACUACUGCAGCCAACACGACAACUACUGCAGCCAACACGACAACUACAACAGCCAACACGACAACUACAGCAGCCAACACGACUACUGCAGCCAACACUACUAUAGUAAAUACAACAACUACUGUAGUCACCACAACUACAGUGAACAAUACAGCAAUACUGGCUAAUCUCACUUCGCAACUCAACCAGUUACUCGCCACUCUAAACGGUACAACUAAUAUAUUAACAACAUUGCAAGCCCUUCAACUUCAAAUUAGUAAUAUUAUUACCACAAUUACCGCACUACUUGGAGGAGGAGGAGGGAGGAGGAGACGCAGCCCCUCACAAGACAUUCUGGCGACCCAAUAUGUCAUCGACAACACAACAGACGCGUUAACAAGAGGAGACCUUACCACUGCCAUUGGUCUCCUUCCACAGCUAAUUCUGGCGCAGGCCACAUUUGGACAAAUAUUUUCAUGCGCAGUUAGUCGGUCUUUGUCAGUUGAUUCAGGCCUGCUGGCAGUCGCACAGUCUGCUCUAGCCAGCGUUAACAAGGCUAUAUUCGCUGCUAAUGCACAAAGAAGCAUUACGGUCGACCAGAUAAACCCCAUUCAGACACGGAUCAGCCAACUCGGAGGAACCAAUGUGACUGUACCUACCAUCUCGCCCCUGAUAAUCACCCCGGAGUCCUUGGUCAGUUGCCAGUUAACAACCUCAGCACCAAACACAACUACUACUACUCAGAGUACCACAACCGUACAACUCAACACAACUACCAAUGUAAACACUACAACCACCAAUUCAACACUGGCUGCCCUCUAUUCACAGCUCAGUUCAUUGCAAUCCGCCUUAAAUGCCACAGAUAAUGCAAUUACGGCUCUUGCCCAAGUUCAAGCCUUACUUAAAAAUCUUGUAGACGCAAUUAACGCAUCAAUACAUGGACGCAGGAGAAAACGCAGCCCCUCUCAAGUUAUCCAGGGAAUUCAAACUCUAGUCAUCAAAACUAGAGAUGCGAUAACAGCAAGAAACACUGCCACUUUAUCAAUUCUUGAUGAUCAGUUAAAUGCAGCGCAGAAUAUAUUGAUCCUAAUAAUACAGUUGAUUGUAAAUAACUCUUUAACAAUCGAUUCAGACUUUCAAUUAACCGCUCAAUCAUCUGUUACCAUUGUCAAUGAUGUAAUAACCAGUGCGUAUAGAAGUAGAGGCGAUAUUGUCAGUCAAAUCAACUCUGUACAGCAGAACAUCAGCCAGCAAGGGGGAACCACCGUGGCUGUACCCACCGCUCCGCCCACCGUCAUCUUCACAAACCUACCGUUUGUCCCUACUACAGCUAACAUUACUCCGGCCAGCAUAACUACUACAGCCAACAUAACUACUACAGCCAAUAUAACUACUACAACCAACAUAACUACUACAGCCAAUGUAACUACUACGGCCAAUACAACAACUUCUAUUGCCGGCAAUGCAACAUUGGCGAAUCUCACUUCACAGCUUAGCCAACUGCAGAGCGCCUUAAAUGAAACCGACAACGCAAUUACAAGUCUUCAAAACCUUCAGAGUCAGCUAGCUAGACUUGUGGCCGCAAUUAACGCAUCGUUAGGAGGAGGAGGAAGACGAAAACGCAGCGUCCUUGCAAGUCUUCAAAACCUUCAGAGUCAGCAGCUAGACUUGUGGCCGCAAUUAACGCAUCGUUAG